AUGUCCUCUAGGCGGGAAUCAGAUUUUGCGCGUCUAGAACAGCUGCUUCGAGAAGCAGACGAGCGAGCAGAGCAGGAGCAAAGACGUGCAGAGAGAGCCGACGAAAGGGCAGAACAGGAGCGACAGCGUGCGGAGGACGAGCUGCGAAAUCGACAACAAGCCGACGAGCGCGCAGAACAGGAGCGACAGCGUGCAGAGGACGAGCGACAGCGUGCGGAGGACGAGCUGCGAAAUCGACAACAAGCCGACGAGCGCGCAGAACAGGAGCGACAGCGUGCAGAGGACGAGCGACAGCGUGCGGAGGACGAGCUGCGAAAUCGACAACAAGCCGAGUCUCGCGCUCAGAUUGAGAGAAAGAAGACAAGAGCCACAACAUUCGAAGAAUACAUACGUGCCUGCCAUGAACUUCUCUCGAAACCACUUCGCAUCCAAACAGACAAGAGCCUCAGCACACAGGGCUCUAUCACCAGUCCGAAAAAUAAGCGGUGCCCGACUUUAUUGAAACCUUGGACGGACUUCCCCAGACGACAGCAACAGCUCUUCCAAAGGGUCUGCGAAUAUAUCCCCUCUGAGGCAGAAUGCUUCAGUUCCACCCAAUACCUCACAGAGCUCGGGCAAGACCUUUGCGACCGGCCACUGGCAAGCGAGAAGGAUUUAGAGGCAUAUCAGCGCUUAGCCGUUGAGCGACCGACGACACACAUCAUCUCCCAUCUUCAAGAGAUAGAAGAGGCCCGCCGUGAGUUCAACUUAGGCAGUGGCAUUAUUUUCGAGAACCAUGCCAACACCCUCAGUGAUCGCAACGAAGAGGUCCAACAAAGUCUGCAGAAUCUCCGCAUCUCAAGCAAAGGACAAGCCUCGAGCUCAAAUCCAAAACCACGAAACGCUGAUCAGAUUUGUGUAUAUAAGGAGGCAGAUGGCACACGAAGCCUGUGUAUGGUUGUUGAAUACAAACCAUCUCAUAAGCUGUCGGUCUUCAAUCUACGGGCUGGGCUUUUGCGAGCUGACGAAGGGUCUAUGAAUAUUCCCGAGGAAGUCAUCAAUCGGGUCACAAUACCGACUGAUCCAGAGGCCAAGUUUGUGUACCACUCUGAGUGGCUGACGGCAGCAGCUCUAUCGCAAACGUAUACAUACAUGAUUGAAAACGGGCUCAAAUAUAGCAAAUUGGGUACGGGAGAAGCCGAUGUUUUCCUUCUCAUCAAGGAGGAAGAACCACAUACGCUCUACUAUCACCUCGCAGAACCCAACAUCGAAGCCGAAGCGCAGAGUGAGGUCGAUACUGUACUCUGUCGCACGGCAGUGAGCCAGACCCUAACCUUCUCCCUAAUGGCACUGGAAUCGAAGCCUCGCAACCAAAAAUGGCGAAAUCAUGCGCUAGAGAUUGCUUGUAGGGCUGUAAUCGAUCACGAGACCAUCUUACAACAGAUACCCGCUGAAGAGAAGAUGUUGACUCCUCCGCACUCGGUCUUUCAUGCACGAAUCUAUCCUUUCGAGCGGUCGCCGAUCAUGCUAAGACCCAGAAAGUUACGGAAGGCAAGGAAUAGCUGUGGCUCUGUAAACAUAAUUGUACACGAAGAUCCACAGAGUCCGUCUGGCUCAUCGGAUGAGACCUCAGACAUUGAAACUCCAAGCAAGCAAAGGGCUCAUACGCACCAGUCUAAUGUCGGUCAGGUGCGUCCCGUCAGAAAAUCACAGGCAGCCGAAGAGAGCGAUGUCUGCCACCGCCAAUACUGCACACAAGCCUGCUUGUUAGGGCUUGUGCGAAAACGUCCCUUGGACGAUGCUUGUCCGAAUGUCAAUGCACAUCGUGCUCAUAAGACUGGCAACUACCAUGCUUUAGAGCAGAAAUCCCUUAUCAAACUUAUGUCCCGCCAACUCGCCGAAAACCCCGACAAUGGGUGUGAGCCACUUGGAAAACAAGGCGCCUGUGGGGCUCUGUUCAGACUGACGCUUGAAUGGUAUGGAUAUACUUUCGUUGCCAAAGGGACUGUGACGGCAUUCGAGGCUAAGUUGAAGCACGAAGGGUUGGUCUACCAACACCUGAACGAAGUUCAAGGAGAGCUUAUACCCGUCUACCUUGGGAACAUCUCUCUCGUCUGCCCCUACUUUCUGGACGUUGGAGUUAGAAUAGUUCACAUGCUACUAAUGUCAUGGGCAGGCGAGCAGGCACGCAACGAUUCGAUGUUAGCCAUGGGACGGGAUUUGGCUACGGAAACAAACAGGGCAGUUACAAAGAUGUUAGAUUGCGGAGUAGAGCAUCGCGAUGUGCGACCGCCGAAUAUUCUAUGGAAUUCUGAAGGUCGAAAGGUGAUACUGGUGGAUUUUGAGCGUUCAGAGAUUUCGAAGCAGAUGCCAAUUCUCCAGGAGAAUAUCGCCUAA